CUGCAGAGCACACUCGAGGGAUUGAUCGAUCGCGAGACUGGCAAGGAGAAGGAGGGGGCGGGACAAGACUGGAGGGGCGAAGAGGAGAUGUGAGAAGGUGAAGGGAGAUUCAGAUUUAGGGCCUGCUCUUCAGAUUUAGGGCCUGCUCUCGACAGGAUGUGCAUGCUUGAUGCAAUGCAGUGCAGUGUGCCCUGGCACGCCCUGCUAUCCUUGUCUUACCCCUCCCCUGCCCUACCCUCCUUGCCUACCUUCUCUCCUUUGUCCCCUUUCCCUCAUCCUCCCUCACCAGACCCAAAACUCAACUCAACCAACCCAGCACCGUUCCUCUCUUCCUGUCUCCCUGUCGUCGUGUCUACUUCAUUCCCCACAACGAGAUAGCACCUCUCGCAGAGGUCUCGCAGAGGCGGCCAAGUCCAGAUGCGGAAUACACACACACACACACUCACUUUUUUACAUGUCCAUCGUUGUGACCUCUCCUUGUGCCUUUGUGCUCUUGUGCUCUUGUGCUCGAAUUUGUCCUCGAUCUUUGCACCGUAGGCGUGCGUGCGUGCGUGCGGGCGAGCGGGCGGGCGUCUCCUCGCUCGCUCGCCCGGCCUCUCUCUGUAAUGCCAACACCCUCGGUCCUCAGUCCUGAGUGGGCAACAAACAAACAACCAAAAGAAAGGUAUAAUCAAGAUUCGUUUAUAGAGUCAUCACCACCACCAAUAUCACCAACAACAACAAUAUCAAGACGGAAGACAGAGAAGAGGUAUAAAGUUCAAGGUCGUUCACGUUCACGUUCAAGUUCGAAGAAAGCAGGCGCCGACGUCGACUAGCCAGCCAGCCAGCCAGCGAACCAGUAUACACAGACAGGGAGACAGAUAGGAGCAGAGCAGAGGUAGCCAGCCCAUUAGAGCA